AUGGAUAAAUUGUGUUUGGUGAAGAACAAGAUAGUUGAAUAUGUGAAAGUAAGCUCAGAGUUGAGAGUGGUAGUGAUACAAUUGUUUAGACUUUGUACUCUUCUUCAGCCAUCGUUUUGUCGGCAAUAUCACUGUUAUAUUUGACUUUGGGAUCCUUUAUUUUCUUAUUUCUCGAUGACAGAUUGAAUGGUUUGCAGUUCCAUCGCACCUUUUUCUUUUGUUUCACAACUUUAACAACCAUCGGAUACGGUGAUAUUGUACCGAGUAAUGGGCCAAGUCAGAUCUACUGUACGAUCUUCAUCCUUUUUGGAACUCCGUUGUUAUUUUCCUGCUUUAGUCGUUGGAGUUUAUUAAUCAUCAAGGCCUAUAACAACAUUGUUCGGGUAGAAGUAAGCUAGUUUUACAAAAUUUUACAGUCCUUGCAGACUAAUGACGACCAAUUACCAUUCUUCGUGGUUAUUUCGUCUCUCUUAAUCUACUCUUUACUUUCUGGGAUUAUAUUUGCAAAUUGGUUACCAUCUUCAUCGAUUGUUACAGUAUUCUACCUCGGCUUCAUGAGUGUUACAACUGUUGGAUUUGGUAGGGUUUCCUUCGAAAAACAUAAAUAGAAAUAUUUAAAUAUGUUUAGGUGACUUCUCAUUGCACGCAGAUUCUAUGAUUGGAGCGUUAACUCUGGUGUGCAUCCAAAGCAUUGGCAUCUGCUUAAUGUCCACAUUAAUAUCAAAUAUUUGUUUAAAUCUGAAGAGAAUAAAUUAUAUUGGACGGGAAAUGUGGUCAACAAAUUUGGAAGAGCCAUCGUUUUGGAUUAAUGGAGCCCAGUUUACGGUAACAGAGCUCUUGACUGGUGUCUCGAGACACUUUGAUGUACGUAUUAUAUAAAAAUAUUGCUAAUAAUAGAUGCAAAUAGGUUCCUAGCCUUGCUGCGUCUUCUCCAUUCUUGUGAUAAAUGAAUUUUUCACGUUUUAUUGUCCAAAACGUUUCAGGAAUCUCCUCAUAAAUUGAAGAAUUUGUUGUUUGAAUUGGAAUCCAUCAUCGAUCUCGACCAUCCCGAUCCGCAAAAUAACUUGGAAAAAGACGGAAAAGUAAAUUAAAACAAGCAUAAAAAUUCAAUUUAGGAGGAGAUCACAUACGCAUCCGUGUUUUCAAGCCUUCAAGAGCAUCAGAACGUAAGUAAUUAUACAAAACAAAGACUCAAUUCCUCCAGCUUGUUCAUGCGUUGGCUACAGUAACCAAUUUAACUCGAUCUGGUCAGAAAUCGUUCAGAAAAGGCGAACGGUCCGUUAGACACGCUCUGCAAUCGAAUGCACAGUUAGAUGUAUAA